UUACUGCUGUAAGUCGGCACUGAUAUCACAUACGAACGAACGAAAGAAAAAUUAAUUUGCACAGUCUGAUUAAUUUUUGCUUUUCUACAGUUUUGAAGGGGUCAACAUCUUUAUAAAAGAUUCGAAUUAGGAAUGGCUGCGACAGCUAGAUCACUACUAAAGCUUCGAGAUAGUAUCUCGGUUGGUGUACGUUUUGGUUCGGAAUAUGCCAAGACGCGUGGCAACUUGCAAUUAACCGCAGAUUCACGAGUUAUAUGCCAAGGCUUUACCGGUAAACAAGGUACUUUCCACAGCCAACAAGCUUUGGAAUAUGGUACCAAACUCGUUGGUGGAAUCUCUCCCAAGAAAGGCGGCUCUACACAUCUUGGUCUGCCAGUAUUUGCUUCGGUAGCUGAAGCGAAAAAGGCAACCGAUCCCCACGCAACUGUCAUUUAUGUGCCUCCACCUGGUGCAGCGGCUGCUAUUUUGGAAGCUCUGGAAGCUGAAAUUCCAUUGAUCGUUUGUAUCACCGAAGGAGUUCCUCAGCAUGACAUGGUGCGCGUAAAACACGCUCUAUUGAGGCAAAACAAAUCACGUCUUGUUGGGCCCAAUUGCCCCGGUAUCAUUGCACCUGAAAGAUGCAAGAUUGGCAUUAUGCCUGGUCACAUCCACAAGCGUGGUAAAAUCGGUGUUGUGUCGCGCUCAGGUACACUCACUUAUGAAGCCGUGAACCAGACUACUGAAGUUGGCCUUGGACAAACAUUGUGUGUUGGUAUCGGUGGUGAUCCGUUCAACGGUACCGACUUCAUCGAUUGCCUGGAAAUAUUCUUGAAGGAUCCAGACACUAAAGGUAUUAUUCUAAUCGGUGAAAUUGGUGGUGUGGCUGAAGAAAAAGCUGCCGAAUACCUGACACAAUAUAACACGGGCAUUAAAGCGAAACCGGUCGUAUCAUUUAUUGCCGGUCUGUCCGCUCCACCCGGUCGUCGUAUGGGUCACGCUGGUGCCAUUAUCUCUGGUGGUAAGGGAGGUGCUGGUGACAAAAUUAAAGCUCUCGAACAGGCUGGUGUUAUUGUAACCAGAAGCCCAGCACAAAUGGGCAAGGAAUUGUACAAAGAGAUGAAACGUCUGGAGUUAGCCUAGAAUUUAAUGAAAAGCUAGGAAGCAGCAGCAUAAGUGAAACGUUCAACAACCGAAAUGUAUAUUAAGGGGAAGGCACAUAUUAAAGCGAUCAACUAAGUAAAAAGUUAAAUGUGGAAUAUGACAGUUUGUUUGGUGAUAAAUAAAUUAAAGAUGAUUGAAAGUAUAUUAAUUAUACGAAUACUAAAGCAAAUAAAAAAAAAUAACAAAAUUACAAAAA